AUGACCACGGGGAUUGUACUGCGAGCCUUGUCCGCGCUUUUCCUACCGCCCAGUAUCCGAGGCUACGCCGUGGAUUUUGUCUCCACAAUGGAAGCGUGCGCGUAUUUCUUUGAGAAUAACUUUGUACUAGCCCAUUACGGGAGUUUUUGGUUUGCAGUCGCCAUAGUGAUUCAGUGUUUCAUUUGCGCUCGGACUUUUGGUGAAUCCAGCGAGAACCCAGUUAAAGCCAUACAUCAUUUGAUCUUGGUUCAGACUCUCGCAGGGCUGGCCUCGUAUCGCUUCGCAAAGCUGGUGUGGGCGUUAGAUCUUAUCUCAGAUCAUCACGAGCGCUAUUAUGAAGCUUCAUGUGAGAGCGACCUUCAUGUAACACUGUUGAUGGGUUUCCUCAUAGAAAUGUGUGCUUGUCUGAGCGAAACUUGGCUUUCCAUGCAGACUGUGUCCAGCACUCCAAUCUUGGAUGAACUCAUCAAGUACAUUAAUGCAGCCAUCAUGAUUACUAUUGGUUUCACAACAACAGGAAUGUACUUCAACCCAGCUAUGGCUAGCGGACACACGCUUGGUUGCCACGGUACGGCUCUCUGGGAGCAUUUCUUUGUCUACUGGUUGGGCCCUUUCCUGGGAUGUUUUGUAGCUCUGCAGAUCAACAAGUUGAUUCACUUCGACGUGACCAAGAGGGCAGUGGAGUCUAGCCAUGACAAGAAGUUGAAAUGA